AUGUGUGGAAUCUUUGGUUAUUGCAACUACCUUUCGGAACAUGACCGACGCUUUAUUGUCGACACGCUGAUCAAUGGCUUGUCUCGACUCGAAUAUCGAGGCUAUGACUCUGCUGGUAUCGCAAUUGAUGGUGAUGCAGAGCAUGAAACCUACAUCGUGAAACAAGCCGGCAAGGUUUCCGCUCUUAAGAAGCUGGUGGAAGAGCAACAUAUCGAUUAUCAAAAGACUUUUAUUAGUCAUUGUGGAAUGGCGCAUACCCGAUGGGCUACGCAUGGUGAGCCAUCGCAGCUUAAUUCACAUCCACAUCGAUCCGAUCCUGGUUGCGCUUUUUCAAUUGUGCACAAUGGCAUCAUCACCAACUACAAGGAGAUUCGAAAGCUGCUGGAGAACAAGGGUGCUACGUUCGAGACUGGAACCGACACUGAAAUUGUGGCCAAGUUGACAAAGUACAUCUUCGACUCGCAAAAGGAGGCUGGCGUUGACUUGACAUUUUCCUCUCUCGUCAAACAAGUCAUUUCCAGGUUGGAAGGAAGCUAUGCUUUUAUCUUCAAAAGCCCUCAUUAUCCCAACGAGCUGGUUGCUACGCGACGUGGAUCACCUCUUUUGGUCGGCAUCAAGACCGAAAAGAAUCUCAAGAUGGAUUUUGUCGACGUUCAAUUUGGCAACGCUGCUGCUGUUGCUGUGGAUCCUAGCAACGCAGCAUCAUCAAGCUCAUUUCUUGUACCCGAAGUGGAUGGCGGCAGCAAUACAACAUUGCAACGUACGCAAUCACGAUCGUUUCUCACCGAAGACGGCACUCCUCAACCCAUUGAGUUCUUUUUAUCAUCCGAUGCAUCCGCUAUUGUUGAGCAUACCAAGCGUGUGAUUUAUUUGGAAGAUGACGAUAUUGCUCAUGUGGCUGCUGGCGAACUCAAUAUCCACCGAUUACGUCGCAACGAGAAUGACACUGUAACACGCUCGAUCCAUACUUUGGAAGUUGAACUUGCUGAGAUCAUGAAAGGAUCCUUUGACCACUUUAUGCAAAAGGAGAUUUAUGAGCAACCCGAAUCAGUGGUCAACACCAUGCGUGGCCGUGUAAACUUUGAACAACACAAGGUGACGUUGGGUGGUUUACGAAAUCACUUGUCUACUAUUCGUCGUGCACGUCGUAUUGUGUUUGUUGCAUGUGGUACAUCCUAUCACAGCUGUAUGGCGACAAGAGCCAUUUUCGAAGAAUUGACAGAGAUACCAGCACAAAUUGAUCUUGCAUCCGAUUUCUUGGAUAGACGGCCACCCAUUUUCCGUGACGAUGUGUGCGUCUUUGUAUCUCAAUCGGGAGAAACAGCUGAUACCAUCUUGGCCAUGCGUUAUUGUUUCGAACGUGGUGCAUUGUGUGUAGGCAUCACCAACACUGUUGGCAGCACCAUUUCCCGUGAAACCCAUUGUGGUGUGCACAUCAAUGCAGGUCCUGAAAUUGGCGUUGCUAGCACCAAGGCAUACACAUCCCAAUACAUUGCUCUUGUCAUGAUGGCCAUUCAGCUGUCGGAAGAUCGUUCCUCCAUGACGGAGCGGCGUAACAGCAUCAUUGAUGGGCUAUCUCAACUUCCACGUCAAAUCGAAGCUGUACUCAAACUUCAAGAUCAACGUCUUCAAGACCUAGCUCAAAAUACGUUAGCCAAGGAGCGUAGUUUAUUGAUCAUGGGUCGUGGGUACCAAAAUGCAACAUGUCUUGAAGGAGCGCUCAAGAUCAAGGAAAUCUCUUACAUGCAUAGUGAAGGCAUUUUGGCUGGUGAGCUCAAGCAUGGUCCAUUGGCACUCGUGGAUGAAAAUAUGCCAGUCAUUCUUGUUAUGACCAAGGACUCGUUGUAUCCCAAGGUCCAAAGUGCGUUGCAGCAAGUGGUUGCUCGAAAGGGUAAUCCUAUCAUCAUUUGCAACGAUGGAGACGAUGAUCUACAGAGCAAGUACAAGACCAUCAACGUCGCCCAAACCGUGGAUUGCUUGCAAGGAAUUUUGAACGUCAUCCCAUUGCAGCUGUUGUCUUAUCAUCUUGCCAUCCUUCAAGGUGUCGAUGUUGAUUUCCCCAGAAAUCUUGCCAAAUCGGUCACUGUAGAAUGA